AUGUAUCAAAAGCUGCUUGAUCUGGAGAUCAUAAAUGAUGAUUUCUACGGAUCAAGAACUCAAGUCAGUGGUGGGAAUCGUGGUAAAGAAAAAGGUCAGCUCCUGUUAAGUCAUGUAAAGUUUAUUGAGAAAGUACAAGAUGAUGAGUUAGAUAAUAAAAAGAAUGCCUUCCAAGUUGCUUAUGCUGAAGAUGCGAUUUCCAGCACUUGGUAUCUUUUAUACAUUGUUGCAAAUUCCGCCAUUGAAAGGGAUGACUGGAUAAGUCUAGUAAGAUUUUACACACGGGAACGAGGUGCCACUUUUCUACCACGCUAUCAUCCUGGUGUUUGGAAACGUCCUGGUCGAUAUAGUUGCUGUGAUGAUAUUAAUCGCCGUUCUAUGGGAUGCCAGCCAACCAAUGAACCAGGUCCAUCUGUGGUCAUUGAGCAACUUUGGCGUACAGCGACAGGUGUUGAUUCAAACAACUUUCAACCUCAAAUGACACCCAAUCCCGUAGCUAGUACACAAGCUCCAUUUCCUAUAUCCACUCCUCAGUUAGUUACAGUUCAGCUUAGUUCAAAUAUACAGCUUACGUCUAAUACGUUAUCUGUUCCUGAUUUAAAUUCUACCAACGUCGCCUCUACUGCCGCUUCGUUUAUUCCACUUACUUCCGCUGUUGCGUUACCUGUACUUCAUCAAGCACCAGGUCUUUCAGCUCCUGUUACAGGAGUGCUUAUGUCUACUGCGGUAACCAACUCAGUUGCACCUUCAACCUUAUUUCAAAUACAACAACAACAACUUCUCUUACAACAAAAACAACAACAACAACUUGCUAUGCUUGCAAAUAAUAAUGCUGGCCAAUUUUCUCAUUUAAAUAAUGCAUUGCGUCGGUCAGGAAUGAACCAGAAUCGAGGACAUUCUCUGCGUUAUGUUCAGCCAACUUUCGAUAUGGAUGAAGGAGAAAAUACGGUUAUUGCAGUGCAUAAUUACAAUCCUGUGAGGGAAAAUCAACUACCCUUACAAAAGGGUGAAAAGUACUAUGUUGUUAACCAAAGUAAUGCUCAGUGGUGGUAUGUCAGGAAUAUGGCUGGUCAAUUGGGUUAUGUGCCUACCAAUUAUGUUCACAAACCAAAUAGUUUGAAUUCAUUUGAUUGGUAUUACAAAGAUAUUACAAGACAACAAGCUGAAGCUAUUUUACUCGACGAAAAUCGUGAAGGUUGUUUUCUGGUUCGAGAUUCAGUCAGCAAAAAGAAUACUUACACUCUGUCAGUCACAUCAAAAGAUCCGGAAGCACCCGGAAAAUUAAAGGUACAUCACUAUCAUAUUCAUAGGACAGAAUCAUCAAGUUUAAAUGGACAUGUGAACGGAGGUGGUGCCGGUAGUGGUGGCAACAGCGGUGUAAAUACUGCUGCAGGUACUACUACUUCUAGUGUUAGUGUCAAUCUGAAUGGUUCAGCUGGAACGGGCUUGAACAAUCCUAAGGUGGGAUCAGUUGCCAAUGGAGAAGCUCAAUAUUAUCUAUCCGAAAAGCAUGCAUUUCCUACAAUCAGUGAUGUGAUACACUAUCACAAACACAAUUCUGGUGGAUUAGUAGUUCGACUCAGAUCUCCACCAACAAAGGAUCGAGAAAGUCCUGUUACCGCUGGAAUGGGUUUAGAUGAGUUUGAACUUGACCCAGCUGAACUUCAUUUGGAAAGGGAACCAAUUGGAAAAGGACAAUUUGGAGUGGUUAAACGUGGUAAAUUCCGUAACAUUCCUGUAGCCGUUAAGCAAAUGGUUGAAGGUGCUAUGAAUGAGGAUGAUUUCAUUGAAGAAGCCAAAAAUAUGCGAUUCCUCAAUCAUCCGAAUCUUGUACAGUUAUUUGGUGUUGUAUUGAAAAAGCGUCCAAUUAUGAUUAUUACUGAAUACAUGAAACAUGGUUCCUUACGUGAUUUUAUGCGACAACGCCAACCACAGUUCUGUAAUCGACCAGUUGUUAUGUCUGAUAUUUGUGCUCAAGUAGCCAAUGGAAUGGCUUAUUUAGAACAAGAGCAGUUUGUACAUCGAGAUUUAGCUGCGCGAAACUGUUUAGUAAAAUCAAUCAGUCAAAAUUCAGUUCAUGUAAAAGUAGCUGACUUUGGUAUGGCACGUUUCCUACUGGAUAAUGUAUAUGAACCAAGUGCUGGAACGAAAUUCCCUGUUCGUUGGGCACCUCCUGAAGUAUUUCAAUCCACUUACACAGCCAAAGCGGAUGUAUGGAGUUUUGGUGUACUUAUGUGGGAAGUGUUUACAUGCUGUUCAGAAAACCCUUACCAAGGCAUGAAUAACACACAAGUUUAUCAGUACAUUGUUGGUGGUGGUCGACUGCAUAAACCUGCUGUUUGCCCUGAGAGAAUCUAUGUUUUAAUGCUGGAGUGUUGGCAACAUGACUCCAGUAAAAGACCAGCGUUCGAAUAUAUUUGCCAGAAAAUUGGAGGGUAUUUAGAUCAAAAUUGUGAAAAUUAAUCACCGUAAACAAGGGGAAUUUUGUUGAUGGACAACAAAAUGAGCAAUUGUCUCUGAAUGUUUAUUGGAUAACAAUUCUUACAUUUCCUUGUUUCUUAUAAAGCAAAGGAAAUAACUGAGCUGUUUCGUAUGUACAAUUUACACAAUAGAAUACUCUCUGCGGAAGUUUAUAGAAAUUCAAAAGAAUCAUUUUGUUUGCUCUUCAUCGUUUACGAAAACCCACACAUUUAAUUCGUACACCAUGACAACCCCGUCCCUGCUAAGUAUCUGCCAAGCAUUUGUGUUUGAAUCGAUAUCGU